GGGGGCACCUGGCUGGCUCAGGAGAAGGUGCACACGACUCGAUCUCGGGUUGUGAGUUUGAACCUCACAUUGGGUGUAGAGAUUACUUAAAACAAAACAAAACAAAAACAAAAAACUUAAAAAAAAAAUGAUCAGAAGGGGACCAGAGAGGAUGUGCAGAGAUUUUAGACUGUGUAGCAGGUGAACAUCGUAGCAGCCAAAGGACAGGGGAGGCAGCCCCUUUGUGUGUGGAGGAGGCUUUGGCCACUUUAGGAAAGAAAUGGGGGCCCGGGAGAGAAGCAGCCCAGAGGCUCACUUACCCCCUCCACAAUCUAGAAAAAGGAAAUCGCCACCCCUCCCUUCCCAGGUCUUGAAUCCCAGGUCUUGAAGAGACCGCCACAAUCUUGCAGACGCUUGGCUUCCACGGUUGACUGUGUGCCACGCCCUGGGGGAACUCUGGUCCCCCACCUCCCCACUCCGCCACCCAGGGGGCUCCGUGGCCUUUGCCGCGGGCAGGUGUGCUCAGGAGGCCGCAGCUCGGGCCCCCUGGCAGCUCCAGGUGCUGUGUGUGCUGCCAUGGAGACGGGCCCGGGGGUUGGCGGCUGGUGGAGGGAAGGCCGUCUCCCGAAGCUUUGUGGAUUCAGGAGAGGGAGAGACCCGAGCCUCAGGUCCUUCAGGUAGUCUGCCCGACCUAGUGCCAAGGAAGCCCAGGACAUUCCUACUAGGCCUCGCGGUGUCCGAUCUGAGGAUGGCCGAGCAGCAGGGCCGGGAGCCUGAGUGCCCUGUCUGCUGGAACCCCUUCAACAACACGUUCCACACCCCCAAAGUGCUGGACUGUUGUCACUCCUUCUGCGUGGAAUGCCUGGCCCACCUCAGCCUGGUGACUCCAGCCCGGCGCCGGUUGCUCUGCCCCCUCUGUCGCCAGCCCACGGUGCUGGCCUCUGGGCAGCCUGUCACGGACUUGCCCACGGAUACUGCCGUGCUCACCCUGCUUCGCCUGGAGCCCCACCAUGUCAUCCUGGAAGGCCACCAGCUCUGUCUCAAGGACCAGCCUAAGAGCCGCUACUUCCUGCGCCAGCCCCGGGUUUACACGCUGGACCUAGGCCCUGAGCCCGGGGGCCAAACUGGGCCCCCCCAGGACGCAGGCCCUUCCCCCAGGUCUCUGCCCAUUCCCGUCCCCAGCCACUACUCUCUGAGGGAGUGUUUCCGCAACCCCCAGUUCCGGAUCUUUGCUUACCUGAUGGCUGUCAUCCUCAGUGUCACCCUGUUGCUCAUCUUCUCCGUCUUUUGGACUAAGCAGUUCCUUUGGGGUGUGGGAUGAGUGUUGCUUCUGGACAAGGAACCGAGUCUUUCCUGACUGCUGCUGGGGAUGGGGACCGCAGAGCCUCAUUUGGAGUUGUCUUCCUUUGUAGUAUUGUUCCCUUUUGUAAUCCUCUGGGGAUCAGUAAGGCCAGGUGUUUGCUUCUGGGAACAGUCCUAUUAUAAUGGGAAUCUUUGAAACCGAAAAGGCUGGGAAAAGGUGUGAAGAGACCCCUGGGUGUGAGCCAUGGGACCAAGAAGGGCAGAGAAGCAGACCUGGGACAAAAAGCUACGUGGCAAGUUGUGCUCAAGGGCUGGACGAUGGUAUCCGGGAGCUCGACCGCCCAGAAAGGUGCAUUUCACACUGGAGUUGCUCCCAACUCGGUUCACAUUUGUUUGAGUUAUAUCUUGCUACGAUUUUGGAAAGUUAGCCUCAAUUCUGUGAGCAAAGACAUGUGCCUUCUUUCAGUUUUCUCUUUAGAAGUCUUGCCACCUGCAGUCACGAACUCAUGCACUGACUCAUUCAACAACCACUUGGUCGAUGUGGUGUCAGAACUAGGGGACGGGAAGGAUAGGAUAUCCAUGGAUCACAGAGAGCCUCUACCAGCAAGGACGGCAUGUUUCCUCAGCUGCUUGUACAGGACAACCUCUUGUCGGUGUGUGGCUUCUGGAGUGUCGAGAGUAAAGGUGAUCAAAAGAAAUCUGCGAUUUCGAGAAAAGGUUUUUAUUCCUCCGGGUAGGUGCAGAGGCCCUAAUUAAUAAGCCUGGAUGCUGGACAGAGCUGACUCCCCUGCUCCAGGCAGUUGACCUCAAGAGGUAGGGCAGAAGCCCUGGAUAGAGGGCUCCAUCCCAGGCCAUGCAGACAGAGAUGCUAGUUU